AACCGAAUGCUCCCAUAUAAAUACAGGGCAGUCCAUUGCUAGUACUCAGUGAAAGCGUUGAAGGCUGUUAAAAAAAAAUGGGAACUACUUGGAGGAAGCACCUUAAGCAGGAGUUCACUCAGGAAAAGCGUUCUCUGAAGACUAAACAUCCACAAUUAAUCCUUCUGUCACAGUGGAGGUUUCACCCAUAUGUCUGGUUGAUUUAUCGAAUCAUCACCGCAGUCUACACCCUGGUCUGGUGCAUUUGCAGUGGCGUCCAAACCAACCACCCCAAAUGGUUCAUCUUCCUGACACACCUAACCUAUACUGUCUUGACAUUUUACUUCAACCUGGCAUUGGUAAAUUUGAUUUGCUACAUGAUAUGUGGACUGAAGAGACCGGCGCAGAACAUCAGAGCAGCAUCUUUGGAGGAGAUCUCAAGCUGUAAUCCAGCAGUUCCAGAAAUCGAGGUUGAGACUCCUGCUCUAAAUUUGCACACAGAAUUCUCCCCACCGUCUUCGCUACUGUAUCCCACUAUCUGCGUACAGUGGUCCUUGUAUAAUCUAAGCUGUGUGGUCAGCCUAUUUGUCACCAUUGCUUUCUGGAGCUUUGACUACAUUCCAGGGAGAGCCCCUGACUCCGUGAACAUCAACGUGCACGUGGUCAACUCGGUUCUUGUACUUCUGGAGCUGGGCAUGACAGCCUCGCCCAUUCACCUCGCCCAUUUCAUCUAUACCUUGUUGUACUGCCUCUCUUUCAUCAUCUUCACCGUCAUUUACUGGGCUGCUGGAGGCACCAACCUCAGGGGAAAACCGUACAUCUACAGGUCGCUAAACUACAGCGAGACUCCAGGUGUUGCCGUGGGCUGCAUCAUUGGGAGCAUCUGCUUGCUCAUACCGUUCCUUCAGUUCAUGGUGUGGAACUUCCAUUUCCUCAAAUGCAAGGCCUACCUCAAGCUCAAAUAGAAGGAUGGUUCUGUGCAACACUAUUAGCCUUGCCUUGGAGUUUCCUCAGUUCAGAAUUCCAAAACAAGGACGCAAAGACACGGAACGGAAAACCACGUCAAGCACCAGAAUGGAGAACCAACAUAUUUGUUUUGAUGGACAGGCCGGUCUAUAAGUACAUGUUUUUGUUUACAUUGGUAGGGUUGCCAUUUGGCCUUCCCUCCAAUCAGAAAGGCAUGCUGUUUCCAGGUCUCUACCAGAAAGUUGGUAUUAAAGAGAGGCCCGAGAUUUAAUACUGCUGAACUGACUACGAGCUGGUAGAUCUCUCCCUAAAAGAUAAUGGUAGUAUUCAGCGAGACAUUGUGAAGCCCAGCUCCACUUCCUUCUCGUCUCUCUUAAAAUCAAAACUUGUAUUCAAUCUAAUUGGUUUUGUCUGACGAUUGGCAGCUAGCAAGAGGCUGUCUGUUAGUUGGAGAUACUGGGAAGCUGAAACAUGUUCUGGCUUUGCAAAAACAUUAUACAACCAGCUGGGAUUCCCUAUCCACUCUGUGGGACUCAGUCACCAAGUAAUGACCUGUUGCUGAAGAACGCGUGCCAGGUGCUCAGUCUCUGAUAAAUAUAUUAAGCUGGACACUGCCAACUGGUAAACCUUCUGAGCUGGCUGUAAAUAUGUAAGGACAUUUCCGAAGGAUCUAUUGUUGUGUCCCUCUUACUUCCUGUCUAUAUGCUGCUCUUUGGUAAUACCAUCUGAAAGCACAGCAUUGUUUUCCAUAUGUACACCACUAGCCCCAGCUCGAUGUCACCAUUACCCCUGUUAUCUAUUCCUUUGCCGUUAAAUUGUCAAAAUGCUUUCUAAUGUCCAGAGCGAUAUUUUUUCCAACUAUUGGGAAAACCACAGCCAUUAUCUUCCAUCACACAAUAAUUUCUGUACCCUAGCCAAUGAAUCCAUCCCUCUUCCUGGCAACUCGGGAGCAAUAAAAGGCACCUCAUUACAUUGGUGUUGUAUUUUGCAGAGUUGUUACAUUACAGAAUGAGGCCAUUUGGUCCCUCAUGCUCACACUGGCUCUUGGAAUUCUUCGACGCUGAGUGUCACCUGCAAAACUUUGCGAUGGUCCAUUGCACACCAAAAUCCAGGUCAUUAAUACAUGUCAAGAAAACUUGGGUCCCAAUGCCAACCCUGCUGACUCUCUUUUCCCUUUCACUCAGCCAAGUUUGUACCCACAUUACUGCUGUACCUUUGAUCCAUGACUUUGCUCACAGGUCUGUCAUGUGGCAUUGUAUUAAAUGUGUUUAUGUAUAUCAACAGUGUUUAUGUACUACCCUCAUUGAUCUUUCUGCUACCUCUUCAAAAUAUUUACUUCCAUGAAGAACUUCUGAUCAUAUAUUUCUGCUCUUACAUGGACUGCUUAUUUCCAUUUCCAUAUCAUCAGCCAACUCUACCUUAUUUUAGCUCAGCUGGUUGAAACCCUCAGGCAUGCUUUUGCUCUCUCUAAUAAUAGCUGUACUGGCCAGCAUUCAUAUUUUUACCCUCUAAUAAACCUGAGGUGAUCUAAACCAAUCUGCUCAAUUGCAUUAAGCCCUGUUCACUUAUAAUCCCUGUGCCUGCUCGACCUAGAGAAGCAAAAUCUCAAUUUGUUGCUUUCAAUAUGGGAUGGCAAGGUGGCUCAGUGGUUAACAUCACUGCCUCACAGUGUCAGGGACCCAGGUUCAAUUCCAGCCUUGGGUGACUGUCUGUGUGGAAUUUGCACAGCCACCCUGUAUCUGAAUGAGUUUCCUCUCACAGUCCAAAGAUGUUCAGGUUUGGUGGACUGGCCCUGGUAUAGUGUCCUGGGAUGUACAGGUUAGUCAUGGAGUAGCCAUUGGAAAUGCAGUGGUUAAAGGGAAGGAGUCAAGAGUGUGGUGCUGGAAAAGCACAGCAAGUCAGGCAGCAUCCGAGGAGCAGGAGAAUCAACGUUUGGGGCAUGAGCCCUUCAUCGGGAAUGAGGGUUUAUAGGGAAGGGGGCUGAAUCUAGAUGGGAUGCUUAUUGGUGUGAGCCAAAAUGCCUGCUUCCACACUGUGAGGAUUCUAUGAUUCAAUUCCUCCAUGCUUAUCCUUGUCUCAAACAAUCAUCCAAGAUCUCUGUGCUCAUUAAAGUUUAGGUCUUUUUGAGUUUCUCUGAUUUUAAUUGUGCCAUUAUUGCCUUCAACCACAUGGACUCUAAGCUUUGGAAUUCACUCCCCAAACCCCUCACCUCUCUCCAUCUCUUUCCUCUUUUAAGAUGCUCCUAAUGACCUACCUCUUAGAUCAAACUUCCGGUCAUGUGCCCGACCAUUCCCUCCAAAUGGCUCGUUGUAUCAUUUGGUUUGAUAAUUUUAGAUUCGAUUAGAUUCCCUACAGUGUGGAAACAGGCCCUUUGGCCCAACAAGUCCAUAUCGACCCUCCAAAGAAUAAUUCACCCAGACUCAUUUCCCUACAUUUACCCCUGACUAAUGCACCUAAUACUAUGGGCAAUUUAGCAUAGUCAAUUCUUGGAUAUCAUUGGACUGUGGGAGGAAACCAGAGCACCUGAAGGAAACCCACCCAGACACGGGAUAAUGUGCAAACUCCACACAGACAGCUACCUGAGGCCGGAAUCAAACUCAGGUUCCUGGUGCUGUGAGGUAACAGUGCUAAUUACGAGCCACCCAAAAAAAUUUACAAGAAACAAUAAUGUUCAAAUAAAACUGAAGGAACAUUACGUUAAUGCUGUUAGCAAGGGAAAGAACUUUGAAAAAGGAGAGCAAAUGACAAAUGUUCCUUUUAAUAUUGCUUACACUGUUACACCUAGCUGAAGCACCUAGAAAGGACAUGUAGUCCAAUAUAUUCUGUAAAAUAUAGGAGCUAUUAACAAUUGAGUUCAUGACCCUGGACUAUGUGCAAUGGCAUUCAACUGGAGGCUUCUUUUGCUGAUUUGAGGAUGAAAUGAUUGGAGCAUUUGCAGAACAGACUUGAAAGAAACAAUCAGUUGUCUAAUUGAGUGGGGAAGAGGUGGACUUCUCAAAUAAUAUGCAUUUGAAUUGUACCUGUCCAGGUAGAACAAUAUUUACAUGACUGGUUCAAAUACCAUUACUGUAUAUUAUAUCAUGUAUUAACACGUAUUUACCUGUAUUAAAAUUUUACAUAUCAAAUCACAAGUCUGUUACAUACAAUGUGUUAUUCCAACAUUAUCUAAUCGGUGUACUUCAAAAAAUAUAUCACGUUGCCCAGGCCAUGUAUCUUGUGAAGUAAUUGCCUGAGUUUUCAUAGUGUAGAAUCCAUUAUCUAUGGUAUUAUCUAUGGUAUUAGCUCUGUCCUCUCCCUCAAUGUCAGAAGUCACACGACACCAGAUUAAAGUCCAAGCAGUUUAUUUAAAAGCACAAGCUUUCAGACCGUUGCUCCUUCAUUAGUGCUCCAAAAGCAUGUGAUUUUAAAUGAACCUGUUAGAUUAUAACCUGGUUUCAUCUAAUUUCUGACAUUGUCCACCCCAGUCCAACCCUGGCAUCUCCACAUCAUGCCUACUGUCUCUCUAUCUCUCUCUCUAUCUCUCAACACAGAUGCACAUCAUUGAAAAUAUAUGGAUUAUAUAUCUCCAAUAAGCUCACUACGUUGUGUUGU